GCUUUGUGUAAAAAAAAUGCGAUACUGCUUUUUCGCGGUUUUCUGGAUGCUUGCAUUAUUUUGGAAAGGAUCCUGGUGUUGUGACGAAGAAUACAAUCUUAUUAAACACCUGAUGGACAAAUAUGACGCCUCAGUGCGGCCCGUGGAGAACUCUUCUCAUCCACUCCUCGUGACCUUCGGCGUUUCGCUGCAUCAUAUCAUUGAUGUUGAGGAAAAAGACCAGCUGCUGACGACAAAUUGCUGGAUUACACAAAUUUGGACGGACCAUCACCUACGAUGGAACAUCAGCGACUUUGAUGGAAUAAGCGUCAUAAGGAUACCGUACGAGAGAGUAUGGAAACCAGAUAUUAUAUUGUACAACAAUGCAGAUCCAAACUAUCGAUCCGCAGUAAUAAACACUAACGUGAUCGUCAAGAACACGGGCGAGGUGACAUGGCUCAGUCAUGGGAUAUAUGUGUCUGUAUGUGACAUCAAUGUAGAACAGUUCCCAUUCGAUAUUCAAUUUUGUACAAUGAAGUGGGCUUCUUGGACUUACGAUGGAUUUCAGUUGGACCUGAAGAAACAAUUUGACGAGGGUGACACAACUAAUUACCAAACAAAUGGUGAAUUCGAUCUCGUGAGCUUCGAAGCGAUCAAACACAACCAGUAUUAUUCGUGCUGCGUGGAGCCCUACCCAGACAUUACUUAUAUUAUCAAAUUGCGAAGACGCCCCAUGUUUUACGUAUUCAAUCUGAUCCUGCCAUGUCUUCUCAUCAAUGGUAUCGCGUUGCUGGUAUUCUACGUGCCAUCCGAGUCUGGUGAGAAGGUGACUUUGGGUAUAAGUGCGUUACUAUCAAUGACAGUUUUCUUAAUGACGAUUCGGGAUACACUUCCACCGACUGAAAAGACGCCACUUAUAAGUUUGUAUUAUGGAGUGAGUACGUGCUUGGUUUCAUUCUCAGCGUCGCUGUCCGUUGUGACACUUAAUAUAUCUUACAGAGGAGUGAGAGGGCAGCCGGUGCCGGCGCUUGUGCGCGAGCUCGUUCUACAACGGCUCGCGCGCAUGCUUUGCAUCUACUUCGACACUGAUGCUCAGAAGGGCGACAGCAGUGCCGUGACAGUAACCGCGGGCGUUCAGGUAAAUCCACGUACGGGUUCACGCUUGAAAGCGGAAGUGCAACGUGACGGACCGGCAUCCCCCGCCUCGCCACGUUUUGCUAGGCAAAACCACAACAACCAUCUCAAUCGAGGUGCAGCAAGCGCGGUUGGUUCGGGUGUGGGUGUGGGUGUAGGCGUAGGCGUUGGCGAAGCUGUAAUGUCCGUGUGCACAAGCGCGUGUCCGUGCUGCGCGUGCUGCGGCUGCACGCUGCGCGACGCAGCCGCUCGCCACGAGCAGCGCGUCGCUGCCAAUGAGCGGCUCGAGCGUGCGAAUCUCGAGUGGAAACAGGUGGCUGUAGUAGCAGACAGAGCAUUGCUUGCAGUUUUCGUGCUGGUCACCACAAUAGCGACGGCGGCUAUCCUUCUGCCUCAGAUCAACAACCUUCACGUCGGAAACACACCCUUAAAACCUCCUACUUAGAUUUAAUUU